UUCCGUACGAUGUCGUGGCGUUUCCGGUCUUGUUGAAUUAGUGUUAGCUUGCCAGCUACCAACAAAAAUAGCUACUGCUGCUCGGAUAAAAUCUCUGACAUUAGCUAUCACCUUAAAGAUAGGACAUCUCUGAUAGAAUACAUCAAAAUGCGACGCGCAGGUUUGGGCGAAGGAGGACCUGGAAAUUAUGUGGCCAGCGGGUACAGCGCGUAUGAAGAGGAAAAUGAACACUUACAAGAGGGUCUGAGAGCCAAAGUCAGCGCUUUGAAACAUCUGUCAAUAGAUAUUGGAACCGAAGUGAAGUACCAGAACAAAAUUUUGGAUGAUAUGGACUCAGACUUUGACUCAACUGGUGGUUUGCUGGGGGCCACCAUUGGGAGAGUGAAGCAGCUUUCCAGGGGAAGCCAGACCAAGCUCCUGUGCUACAUGCUGCUCUUCUGCCUCUUCGUCUUUACCCUCCUCUACUGGUUUAUCAAACUGAGGUGAUACAUUACAGGAGGCCCCGGCUUUUCCCUCCCUGCCUCCGCCAUAAGUCCACCACUGGAUCAGAAGACCAGGAUGAUGACAAUCAAAUGUUAAAAUCAAAUUGUCACACGCGCCGAAUACAAGUGUAGACCUUACGGUCAAAUGCUUACUUAGGAGCACUUAACCAACAAUGUGUGAAUAUGACAAUAGGGGGUAAUAAUGCAUGGCUGUUAUUCAUUUUAGACAGCCCUGAUGGAAUUAAUAGACGCCACCAUAAAUUCACGAUUGUAACAAUGUCCAUUAACGAUGAGGUAUGUUCUAGAUUCAUUUGUAACGGAGUGAUCUAGUUAAUUAGUGAUCUGGUAAGGCUAAGCAGUAACAUACAGUGCAUUCAGAAAGUAUUCAGACCGCUUGAAUUUUUCAACAUUUUGGUUACAUUACACCAUUCUAAAAUUGAAAAGCUAUUUAAUCCAUCUAAACGCUAUCCCAUAAUGACAAAGCAAAAACAGGUUUAGACAUUUCUGCAAAUUCAAUAAAAACAAAAUGGAUCACAUUUACAGAAAUAUUCAGACCCAUUACUCAGUACUUUGUUGAAGCACAUUUGGCAG